AUGGCCAAAAACUCAUUCCGUGGGUCAAAGCAUGCCAGGGCUGAGGCCAAUCACAAUGGAGAUUUUGGCUGCACGCUCAAAGAACUUCGCUCUCUCAUGGAACUCAGAGGAGCAGAGGGAUUACAGAGAAUUCAGGAAUGUUACGGAGAUGUCCAGGGACUCUGCUCCAGAUUAAAAACCUCACCUACAGAUGGGCUGGCAGCUCACCCUGAUGAUAUUGCCAGAAGAAAAGAAGAAUUUGGGAAGAAUUUCAUACCUCCAAAAAAGCCAAAAACAUUCCUUCAGUUAGUAUGGGAAGCGCUGCAAGAUGUCACACUAAUUAUCCUAGAGAUAGCCGCCAUGAUUUCAUUAGGCCUUUCCUUCUAUAGACCUCCUGACGUGGAGAGGGAACACUGUGGACGAGCGGCUGGAGGGGUGGAGGAUGAAGGAGAGGCGGAAGCUGGUUGGAUCGAGGGUGCGGCCAUUCUCCUGUCUGUCAUCUGCGUGGUUUUGGUCACGGCCUUUAACGACUGGAGCAAAGAGAAGCAGUUCCGUGGGUUACAGAGUCGCAUUGAACAGGAGCAGAGGUUUACGGUGGUGCGGGGGGGACAGGUUGUACAGAUACCUGUGGCUGAGAUCGUGGUGGGGGAUGUCACACAAGUUAAAUAUGGUGACCUCCUUCCUGCGGAUGGAGUACUAAUCCAAGGCAAUGAUCUGAAAAUCGAUGAGAGCUCUCUCACUGGAGAAUCAGACCACGUCAAAAAGACUCUGAACAAAGAUCCGAUGUUGUUGUCAGGCACUCACGUUAUGGAGGGCUCAGGGAAGAUGCUGGUCACAGCAGUGGGAGUGAAUUCCCAAACUGGUAUCAUUUUCAAUCUGCUUGGAGGGGGAGAUGAUGAUGCUGACGAUGACGAAAAGGAAGAGAAGGAGAGGAAGAAGAGGGAAAAGGAGGAAAAGAGGAAAGAAAAGGAAAGGAAAAAGAAGGAGAAGAAAGAAAAGAAGGAAAAGAAGACAGACAAAAAGCAGGAUGGCUCUCAUAAAAAGAAAGGGAAGCAUGGAGCCACAGAGGCACAGCCUCUCAAUGGUGGGGAUAGCACUGAGGGAGAGGACAAAAAGAAAAAUAAACUACCAAAGAAAGAGAAGUCUGUUCUUCAGGGGAAACUAACCAAGCUAGCUGUGCAGAUUGGCAAAGCAGGCCUUUUCAUGUCAGCCAUCACGGUGAUUAUCCUGGUAGUGCUGUUUGUGGUGGACACGUUCUGGAUCCAGGGCCUGCCAUGGAUAAAAGAGUGCACUCCCAUUUACAUCCAGUUCUUUGUCAAGUUCUUCAUCAUCGGAGUCACUGUGCUGGUGGUGGCUGUGCCUGAGGGACUUCCUCUAGCCGUCACUAUCUCACUGGCCUAUUCCGUCAAAAAAAUGAUGAAAGAUAAUAACCUGGUGAGACAUCUGGAUGCGUGUGAGACCAUGGGUAAUGCCACAGCUAUCUGCUCUGAUAAAACGGGCACUUUGACCAUGAACAGAAUGACGGUGGUUCAGGCAUACAUCGGGGAGAGACACUACAGGAAGGUCCCUGAGCCUGACCUGAUCCCAGCCAAAAUCUUGGACCUGCUGAUUAUGGGGAUCAGCAUCAACUGUGCAUACACCACCAAGAUCAUGACUCCGGAGAAAGAUGGCGGGCUGCCCCGUCAGGUGGGGAACAAAACAGAGUGUGCCUUGCUGGGAUUUGUCCUGGAUUUACGACGUGACUACCAGUCCAUUCGCAAUGAGUAUCCUGAGGAGAAAUUCUACAAAGUCUACACCUUCAACUCUGUGAGAAAGUCCAUGAGCACAGUACUCAGGAACUAUGAUGGAAGUUUCCGGAUGUUCAGCAAAGGAGCCUCAGAAAUCCUUCUAAAAAAGUGCUGUAAGAUCUUGACGGCCAGUGGAGAGCCCAGAAUGUUCAAGCCCAGGGAUCGGGAUGACUUGGUGAAGAAGGUGAUUGAGCCCAUGGCCUGUGAGGGCCUGAGGACCAUCUGCCUGGCCUACAGGGACUUCCCUGCCUCAGAGGUCAUGCCCGACUGGGACAACGAGGCCGAGAUCCUCACUGGCCUCACCUGUGUAUGUGUGGUGGGCAUUGAGGACCCUGUCAGGCCGGAGGUCCCUGAUGCCAUAAAAAAGUGUCAGCAGGCAGGAAUCACUGUGCGCAUGGUGACAGGAGACAAUAUUAACACUGCUCGGGCCAUUGCCACUAAGUGUGGCAUUCUCCACCCUGGAGACGACUUCCUGUGCCUUGAAGGCAAAGAAUUCAACAGGCGGAUACGCAACGAGCUGGGAGAGAUCGAGCAAGAGCGUAUUGACAAGAUUUGGCCAAAACUACGGGUGUUGGCACGGUCCUCUCCUACGGACAAGCACACUUUAGUGAAAGGUAUAAUAGAUAGCACAGUCAUAGAGCAGAGACAGGUGGUGGCUGUGACAGGAGAUGGGACAAACGAUGGCCCUGCUCUGAAGAAAGCUGAUGUCGGUUUUGCAAUGGGUAUUGCUGGCACUGACGUGGCCAAAGAGGCCUCUGACAUAAUCCUAACGGACGAUAACUUCACCAGCAUCGUGAAGGCAGUGAUGUGGGGAAGAAACGUUUAUGACAGCAUCUCCAAAUUCCUGCAGUUCCAGUUGACAGUGAAUGUGGUGGCUGUGAUUGUGGCUUUCACAGGAGCCUGUAUCACACAGGACUCUCCUCUGAAGGCAGUGCAGAUGUUGUGGGUGAAUCUGAUCAUGGACACGUUUGCCUCCCUGGCUCUGGCCACUGAGCCGCCAACUGAAGCUUUACUCCUGCGAAAACCCUACGGUCGCAACAAACCCCUCAUCUCCCGCACCAUGAUGAAGAACAUCCUGGGUCACGCUGUGUAUCAGCUCACCAUCAUCUUCACGCUGUUGUUUGCAGGUGAGCAGAUCUUUGACAUUGACAGUGGAAGGAACGCGCCAUUGCAUGCUCCUCCAUCUGAACACUACACCAUUGUCUUCAACACGUUCGUCAUGAUGCAGCUCUUUAAUGAAAUCAACGCCCGCAAGAUACACGGAGAGAGGAAUGUCUUCGACGGGAUCUUCAACAACAUGAUCUUCUGCUCCAUUGUAUUUAGCACCUUUGUGAUCCAGAUUGUGAUUGUACAGUUUGGUGGAAAGCCUUUCAGCUGUGUGGGCCUCAGUAUUGACCAGUGGCUGUGGUGUGUUUUUAUGGGCUUUGGCUGUCUUCUCUGGGGUCAGCUGAUUUCCACAAUCCCUACAAGCCGUCUGAAGUUCCUGAAGACGGCUGGCCAUGGCACGCAGAAGGAGGAGAUCCCUGAGGAGGAACUGGAGGAGAUGGAGGACCUGGAUGAAAUUGACCAUGCUGAGAUGGAACUCCGCAGGGGGCAGGUCCUCUGGUGCAGGGGCCUUAACAGGAUACAGACACAGAUCCGUGUGGUCAAUGCUUUCCGGGACUCCAUGUCUCCCUAUCAAGGCCUGGAGACGCCAGAGUCACGCAGUUCCAUUCAUAAUUUUAUGAGUCAUCCAGAGUUCCGUAUUGAGGACUCAGAGCCACAGAUUCCCCUCAUCGAUGACACAGAUCAAGAAGAUGAUGUGCCCACCAAACGUAACUCUGUCCCCCCUCUUUCUACGCUCCCCCCAAUCCCCUCCUCACUCAAUCAAAACAAUAAUGCUGCAGAUCAAAGCUUUCACUACCAUAAGGACUUGGCCAAGACUGCCCUCCCUCCAACGCCUGGCAGCCCCCUCCAUAGUUUGGAGACUUCGCUCUGA